GUUACCGCUGAGCCUUCUGAAGCUGUUAUUGGAUCUUUCCGCUGUGGCUCAAAACUUUGCCCCGCCCAUCAGGAAAUCAAAGGUUAUUAUGUGCAAUGCGGAAUGAAAAUGUCCUUCCAAACCAGGAGAAAGCAAAGGUAAUGUAAUAUAAUGGAAAGCUCUGUUUGUGGAUGAGUCCUGCUCCAGCUGUUCCAGGAUCUGUGUGGAGCGACUCGGAUGUGAAAGUGUCAGCUGGAGGGAGGGGCGGAGCUGAGAUGUCAAUCAGAAGCGCUGAGGGCGUGUCCAUCAUGCAGGCCUUGGCCAUGACCGUGGCUGAGAUACCUGUGUUCCUGUAUUCCACCUUUGGACAGUCUAUAUUCUCUCAGCUGAAGUUGAGUCCGAGUCUGAAGAAGGUGUUGUUUGCCACGGCUCUGGGCAGCGUGGCUCUGGCUCUGACCGCACAUCAGCUGAAGAGACGGAGCAGGAAGAGGAAGCAGAUCGUCAGUAAAGAAGCUCAGAAACCUGUGGGCAUCCCAGAACCGCUGAUCCGAACCAGCCGGCCAGCCUCGCUCAAGAGAGGGCCGGUUCCAGGGCGUCAGAUGAUGAGUCCCAGCGCUCGCAGUAAUGACACUCUCAGCGGCGUCUCGUCUCUCACACAGAGCAAACACUCCAGCUCUUCACACAGCAUCGCUUCUAUGCGAGGCCCCUCCUCUCCCAACCAAUCAGUGAACACCGGGAUGCUGCGGGAGGCGGAGCCAGUGGCAGAGGAGUCGGGAGUCGGGGAGGAUGCCAACGCUGAGAACCUCUAUCUCAUUGGGAUGGAGCUGUUUGAGGAAGCCCUGCGCAAAUGGGAACUGGCUUUAAACGUCAGACACCGAGCUGAUUCCUGUGCAUCUGGAGCACACAGUCUCGGCUCGCAGGGGGCAGAACUCCUGGAGCGUCACUCGCCUGAGCUUCAUCAUCAUCAGUUUGCGGAGAAGCUGGAGUCUCUUCUGCACCGAGCCUAUCACCUACAGGAAGACUUCGGCAGCACCAUCCCGGCCGACGUCCUCCAGGCUGACCUGGAGAGUGAAGCUACGCUGAUCCUGCCCACACUAGGGAGCUCCCAUCCCGUCAGAGACGACGAUGCCUCAUCAGACGACUCGUUCUUCUCUGCAGCUGAGUUGUUCGAGGCGUUCUCUCUAGAGGACACGUAUCGUUCGCUGAAGCCGGCGGCGCUGUAUGAGGAAGCCCUGGGUUUGGUGAAGGAUGGAGGCGUGGCCUGUAGAUCGCUGAGAACCGAACUUCUGGAGUGUUACAGCGAUGAGGACUUCCUCGCUAAACUGCACUGCGUUCGCCAGGCCUUCCAGCUGCUGCUGCUGGAUGAGACGCAAAGGAUGUUCUUCAUGGAUGCAGGGAAGCAGAUAAUAUCGGGACUUCUGGCCAAAGCCAACAAGAGUCCGGAGGCGUUUCUGGAGAGUUAUGAAGACAUGCUGCAGUACACACAGAGAGAAGAGACGUGGCCCGUCACCAAGAUGGAGCUGGAAGGACGAGGGGUGGUCUGUAUGAACUUCUUUGACAUGGUGCUGGACUUUAUCCUCAUGGAUGCGUUUGAAGAUCUGGAAAGUCCUCCGUCUUCAGUGGUGGCCGUUCUUAGGAACCGGUGGCUCUCGGACAGUUUUAAAAAGACGGCAUUGGCUACAGCCUGUUGGUCCGUGCUAAAAGCCAAAAGGAGAUUGCUAAUGGUUCCUGAUGGUUUUAUUGCCCAUUUCUAUGCCAUCUCUGAACAUGUGAGUCCAGUUCUGGCUUUUGGGUUUCUGGGCCCCCCACAGCACCUCAGUGAGGUGUGCACCGUAUUCAAGCAACAGAUUGUUCAGUAUCUGAAGGACAUGUUUGACCACGAUAAGGUGCGUUUCACGUCCGUCCCGUCUCUGGCCGAAGACAUCCUCAGUCUAUCUCACAGACGAGCGGACAUCCUGGUGGGUUACUUGGGCAUCGACAGUCUACCUGAGACCAAUGGAGCUUUACCCAAGAGCUCCUGCCAAGCCAACAGCGGACAGCAGGACUGAGGUGCACAAUCCUAAUCUAGACCUGACCGGUCUAUGUCUCGCUUAGCUUUAGACAGAUAAACCACUGCUGACUCAUCCGAGGUCAACCGAGGCCUUUUCUUGAUCUUUUCUUCUGCAAAUUUUGCCACUGAAUAUCCAGUGCUGCUAUUUAGACACAUUUGCUUCGGAAAUGCUCUAUUUCUGAAGAACCCAAGAAGGAACUAAAUAAAACCAUCGUUUAGCCAAACAUGCAGCCUGGUGUUGAGUCGCUCUUCUGAAUCCACCUGCAUCCAAAUGCUAGGUUUUGUUUGUGCUACAUGUCGGUUUGUCAUUGAGUAGGGAUGCACGAUAUAUCGGCCGAUAAAUGCUCAAUUUUCUGUUAUCGGUAUCGGCCGAUAAAUGCUAAAUUUUCUGUUAUCGGUAUCGGCCUGAUAAGAAAAUUUGGCCGAUAUCUUAAAGGCAAUAAAUAAUGCAUUAUUCCCUUCAGAAACACUUGAGUUGAGACCACUUGUUUGCAUUAUUUAUGCAUUAUUUCAUUUAUUUGUAAGACUUAUUAUGAUGAAAUUUGGUAAUGGGAGAGUAAAACUAUUUUUAAAAUAUACACUGUUCAAAAUACACACGAUGUUUGGGAUGUGGCUUUUAUUGAUGAGAACUUUUUUAUAAUCAGGCUCUCAAAAAGUAUCAGUUAUCGGCUUUCAAAUAAAAAUAAAAUAUCGGUUAUCGGUAUCAUGCUAAAUUUUUAUAUCGGUGCGUCCCUAUCGUUGAGUGUUUGUGCCAGUGGCCAAAUAAAGUCUUGCCCUAAAUCUCGAGUAGCGCUGAACUCGAUGAAGAGAGAGAAUCCAGACUGAUUUGUGAACUUCAGUUUAAAUCUCUCAGCACAUUUGGGAAGUUUGAGAGCGCUUCGAAGAGAGACUUGCACAGGAAGUGCAUCAUUCAAGGCUAAAACAGGAUGUCGUGGUCCCGAUCACAUUAGCUGUGCUAUAUUAGUCACAAUGUUCAUCAGAUCAAUGUUUAAUAAGACAUGUUGGCCUGCUGGUUUGUUAUAUUUUCUGUCUUCUCAUCAUACUUAUAUACCUUGUUUUUGUCCUUCAUCGAUAUUCAGGACUAAAAUAGCCAAUUAUAUUAUUCUGUUAUAUAGAUAUUCAUUAAGUAUUAUAAAUUUAAUACAGCAGUGGUAUUGGGUUAAAAAGGCCACAGUUGGAGAGCAUUAUUAGGUGAGUAGGAAAGAUCAAUGCUAAUCUGCAUUAACUCCGUUUAAGUUCAGUCCUUCAAGCUGUGGUUGUUAAACUCUGUCUGCAACAUCUGUGCCCUUCUGAUAAUUUUGACUUCGCCUUGAUUUAGUAAAAAACUAUCAAAAAAAGAUGCAAGGAUGCAUAUUCCUUUACACUCAUGGAUUCAAUUAAAGUGGAACUUUUUGUUUGAAUUAUUUGUUCUAUACAAUAUUAUACUACAGUAUAAAUUUUUUUAAGUAUACAUAGUUUAAAUUGUAUUCAACCCAUGAGAAAUAUUCAAAACAAACAACCAAACAGCAUCUUCCAAGUCUUUUGAUUGGCUUAAACAUAUAGUCAUUCAUGACCUGCAAAAAAUAUAUAUAUUAGGAAUCAAAAGGAGCUAAUAAAUGCACUAAAACUUUAAGAAAAAAAGGGAAAUUCUGGUCAUUUUUAAACUGAAUAUGCACGAAAUGUCUACAACAAUCAAUCAAACAAUGUUUCUUUCCUCCUCAUAUUGGGUGUCUUGCACAUAUAUAUAUAUAUAUAU